AUGAAGAACAAAAACAGCACCUUGACUACUCCGCAUAGGGUCGGCUUCGGGGGCUUGCAUCGCUGUGCCGGCACCGAUGGGGAGGAAGGCAACAAUGGAGACCCAGAGGUGGAUGGCCAUGCGAUGGAUGAUGUCUACUACACGGAGGGAGAGGCAGUGGAGGACGUCGGAGACAGCCAUGGGGUGGAUGCCGGUGGAGAUGAGGGAGGGGGAAUGGUGGAGGAGGGAGCUGACGAGGACAAUGAUGGCGGUGGUGUCGGGGGUAGGGAAAGGAAGCGGGGGGGUGAUGUGAACAUAGGGGGUGGCGGGUCGGCAGUAGGGGCGGGGAAAGGAAAUGGGGGGGCAGAGUCCGAAGGUCGAGGGGGUGUAGUCGGUGAACGGGGAUGUUGGCCGCGGUGGGAAUGGGGCCAAGGGGAAGAUGAGAGAGGAGAAGGGGGAUGA